GAGUCCCUCGGCGACCAGAGAGGAUAGAGGAAGCUUAGGUUUUUUUGUGGAUCACAACACCAAGUGUUGACAACCAGCGAUGGCGAUGCAAGCUGGAAUUGGCGCUUCUAGGAUUCUCAUCUUAGUUGGAGCUGGGUAUACCGGUACGUUCCUGUUCAAGAACGGUAAAUUAUCUGAUAUAUUGGGCGAACUUCAGAAUUUGGUGAAAGGUAAUGAAAAACAAGGAGAUGAAUCCAAUGGUGACUCCGACUAUGCAGAUGCCAUAGCUCAACAGGUUCGUCGGUUAGCGAUGGAGGUCAAACAGUUGGCCUCAACACGACAGAUAACUGUUCUGAAUGGGAAUUCUGCUGGUAACUUGACAUCUCUUGUUGUACCAGCUGCUGCCUUAGGGGCCUUGGGUUAUGGAUACAUGUGGUGGAAGGGUCUUUCAUUCUCAGACCUUAUGUACGUGACAAAGCGUAAUAUGACAAAUGCUGUUUCAAACAUGACAAAACAUCUGGAGCAUGUGUCCGAGGCGCUUGCUGCAACAAAGAGGCAUUUGACACAGCGAAUUGAGAACGUGGAUGGAAAACUAGAUGAGCAAGUGGAGCUAUCAAAGUCAAUUAAUAAUAAGGUUAAUGAUGCACGUUCUGAUCUUUCUCAAAUUGGCUACGACCUGGAUACAUUACAGAGUAUGGUUUCUGGUUUGGAUGGCAAGAUGAUGUCAUUGGAAGACAAGCAGGGACCAUAUCUGUACUCAAAAGAAGAGUUUCAUCUUGAUGAUCUGGGAAAGGUUUCUGCUUUUCAUAGUCAAUUGAUAAUAAUUUGGAAUAAAUAGCAUCCUAGGUGACAGAUAAACUUCUGUAAACGUGUAAAGUCAUUAUUUAUUAUUGAUGAACUUCCAGCCUUCAAAGAGACACUAUUAGUUGGGUCUGUG